AUGCCUAAGAAUAAGGGAAAAGGUGGUAAAAAUCGUAGAAGAGGUAAGAACGAGAAUGAACAAAAGAGAGAACUUCAAUUCAAAGAAGAAGGCCAAGAAUAUGCUCAAGUAUUAAGAAUGUUAGGUAAUGGUCGUUUAGAAGCCUCUUGUUUUGAUGGUGAAAAACGUUUAUGUCACAUUAGUGGUAGAUUAAGAAAGAAGGAAUGGAUCAACAAUGGUGAUAUCAUUUUAAUUCAACUUAGAGACUACCAAAAUGAUAAAGCUGAUGUUAUCCUUCGUUACAAUGUCGAUGAAGCUCGUAAUCUUAAAACUUAUGGUGAAUUACCAGAAACCGCUAGAAUUAAUGAAACUGAUGCAUUUGAUGAUGUUGAAGAUAUUCCAUUCGAAUUCGUUGCUGAAGAUGAUAUCGAUAUUGAUACUCUUUAA